ACAACAGAUCAGACUGAGUUGCGGGCAGAAGUACGGCUUCUUCACCUCGGAGCAAAUUCUCUCUGUCUAGUCGUGUGUAGUUUGUUGUCGUUCUGUUUCUCUACUAGCAGGAGUUUGGCACUUUUUAAUCCAGGAUGGUGAAGGUGUCGUUUAACGCCGCGUUGUCACAGAAAGAUGUGAAGAAAGACGCUGAAACUCUCAUUCCCGAAGAGGACAAAGAUGCUGAGGCAGCGUUUGUGGUGCGUCACCAGUCUCGGGCCUGGUGCUGGUGCAUGUGUCUGGGUCUGGCCCUCAUGCUGUCUGGGAUGGUGGUUGGAGGAGCUUACCUGUACCGCUACUAUGUCCUGGAGAGAGAAGUGGAUCCCAUGGAUUACUAUGGAGAAGAGGGCCAGGUGUUUGUGUGUGGGGUGGACUACCGUGAGGAAGACUACAUGAUCCGUGAGGAGGAAGAGGUGCAUGUUGAGCUGCCAAACCAGUUCCGCCUGCGCCAGCUGGAGGAGACCAUCCGAGUGCUGGAGAGGGAACAGGUGGAGCUGAUCAGCGUCCCUGUGCCUGACUUUGAUGAUGGAGACCCUGCUGACAUCGUCCACGACUUCCAGAGGAGGUUGACCGCCUACCUGGAUCUGAGUUUGAACAAGUGCUACGUCAUCCCGCUCAACACCUCCAUCGUCAUGCCUCCCAAAGACUUACUGGAGCUGCUUGUUAAUGUCAAGGCCGGCACCUACCUGCCUCAGUCUUACUUGAUCCAUGAGGAGAUGGUGGUGACGGAGCGCCUGGAGCACGUCGACCAGCUGGGCUACUUCAUCUACAACCUGUGCCGCGGCAAGGAGACCUUCAAGCUGCAGCGCAGAGACAGGAUUCUGGGCAUGCAGAAGCGUGAGGCUAGGAACUGCCGCAAGAUUCGCCACUUCGAGAACACGUUUGUGGUGAUGACUGAGAUCUGUCUGUAAGAAGCCUCGUUGCCUCACAGAUACUCUUAAAGUCAUUAGCGUGCAGUGAGAUUGUGUUUUUAAUCUUCACUUCUUUGUUUCUGUCCUUUACUUCAGGUUAGUUUGAGUGAGUGAGAGGAGUGAAAUGUGAAGCUGUUUGAUGAUUAUUCAGUGAUUGUGAAAAAAAAGGUGAAGAGUAUUUUUCCACUUUGUGUUUUGGGGAUCUUUGUUUUUCAUGCUAUCUUUUCAGAAAAUAACUAGUUAAAAUUCAGACUCUGAGUUCUGAGUACUAAAUUAUUUUAAUCAAAAUCAUAUAUAGCCUGAACAUUUAUUUUAAUAUACAUACAUAUUGUCAGUUUAAGUAUAAAGUAGCAAGAAAAAGGGCGACUUUUUGUACCACUCUCUGGUUUUUGGAACAGACCAGGGGAGACUUUAAUUUUUGUAUUUCGUCUGCUGUAGCUAUUAAUACACUGCACCUGUUCUUUUCUAACUGGAAACUGAUCUUAAAAUAAGAGUGUGGACAUGUUCUGCUUUUGUUUAGCUUUAAAAAAUGUAAGUAAGAAAAGAUUAAGUAAGAAAAAGAAAUGGAAAAAAUAUAAUUCACUGAUAUUUUUUUUGUGCACGUGAAAACACACUUAUGUUAAAGUCUUUUUUCUAAAGGGUCUUUUUUUGAAUGUGUAAGUUUUGGAUAACUCUUCUUGUUUUACUAAUUUGUGUAUAUAAUCUCUUGGAAGAUAUGACCAGACCAACCAAUAAAUAAAACAGAGAAAACACAAA